CUGUUUAGGUUUGCCGAUCAGGCGACGCCCACUGGAUGCAUGUUAUUGUGUCAUGAUAAUAAAAUAUAUGUGUUGCCCAAGCGAUAUCUCUGAAUGUGUUGUACGUGUAGGUACGUUGCUGACUAAUUAAAUAAUAAUUCCAAUAAUUUCGAUUUUCGAUUCGAUAAUUAUCGUGGGCGUCACGGCUCUGUCGAAUGUGCAAACACCGUCGGUUUUGACCAGGACACGUUACCCGUAACGUUAUCUCACCGUUGAUAAACGCUCAAAUGAAAUUCUGUUGCGGUCUACGACAUUAAAUCCUGCGGCGUUUUGAACAUCUUGUCUGGGAGUCGCACCGUACCACGAAUACCGACGAAAACGCACUAAAAUGGACAGUCACGGCAGGAAAGUGGUCGUAUGCGAUAAUGGAACCGGGGUGAGUGGUCAUAUCGAUAGCCUUAACUUAAUGCUAUUUAAUACAUACUCGUAUUGGCUAUCGACGUCUAAUAAACAAAUGUAGGUUAUUCACUGGCUUUUGAGUCUGCCAAAAAACGUUCCGUGGAACUUUGGUUCGGACAUGCCAUAAUGAACCACUUAAUCAGUAAUCAAAUUUUCGAUUUUUCUAUUUUAUGACCUAUUAAUUGGGUAGGUAUUACCCAACUAAUAGACGAAUUCGCGUAGAAUUGUCUAGUUGUGAUGGACACUAUCAAACUCUUAGAUAGUUUCUAUAGAUCGAAUACCUAGUUUUUAUUAGAUUAAUUUUCAUAUAGUUUUUAUUCGAAAAAUAUCAUUGUGCAUAAUUUAUGUGUGGAGGCAUGAUGCAACAUAUACUGUGCUCUUUGUGCUCUGCUGUUGUUAGUAUUAUUAUUCAAAUGUUUUUUUUUGUAAAUACAAAUACAUUAAUAAUAUAGGGUUGUAAAUGCCUAAAUAAAAACUAUUCAAAUAGUUUUUUGAAGUAUUUGACAGUAUAAGUAUUUAGAUAAGGAAAAAAUAUUCAAUAGUUCAUCCUAAUUGUCAAUGGUAUAAUUUAAAUAUACCCAUCACCGAUAUUUAGACAUUUUAUCAUAUUCAAAAGCCAUGUUUCCACUGACGAAAGAACACGAUAUCUAUAAUUGAAAACAUUGAUUAUGCUUUUGAUCCUAAUUUGAUCUACUCGUUUGAGUCCUUAAAGAACAUAAUAUUGUUUAGUUCUUGACGGUUUAACAAACUAUAGAAACAAAUCUUUUUUACAAAAAAUUGUAUAUGUAAUUAAUCAUAAUAACGCUCAUUUUAUUACUAGUAAAAGCCAAUUGAUAUUUUAUCUAAUUAGACUAUUCCACAAUAUUAUUUAAAUGUUUUCGUCAAUAUUUAUCUAUUCAACUCGUAAUAUUACAUUUCUAUUCCAGUUUGUUAAAUGUGGUUACGCUGGUUCAAAUUUCCCUGCUCACAUAUUUCCUUCUAUGGUUGGCCGACCAAUAAUUCGUGCACACAACAAAAUUGGCGAUAUUGAAGUUAAAGUAAGUAUUUAAAAAAUACCUACUAGCUACAAAUUAUAAUCAAAUAACUUAAAUUUAUUUUUAUUUUAGGAUUUGAUGAUUGGUGAUGAAGCUAGUCAAUUACGAUCCAUGUUAGAUGUCACUUAUCCAAUGGAAAAUGGCAUAGUGAGGUAUAGUUUUUUGUUAAUUUUUUUUAUUUAUAAAAGUUGAUUUAAUUAUUUGGCUUAAAUUUCAUAUUUAUAGAAAUUGGGAUGAUAUGUGUCAUGUUUGGGACUAUACUUUUGGCCCAAAAAAAAUGAAUAUUGAUCCAAAAGAGUGUAAAAUAAUGUUAACGGAACCUCCAAUGAAUCCAAUCAAAAAUAGAGAAAAAAUGAUUGAAGUUAUUAUCAUGAGAAUAUUAUAGAAUAUUGAGGGUUUUUUUUUUUAAAUUAUAUUUAUUUUGUUUAUUAAAUAGGUAAUGUUUGAAAAGUAUGAAUUUAAUGCUGUGUAUGUAGCAGUUCAAGCAAUACUGACGUUGUAUGCUCAAGGAUUAUUAAGUGGAGUAGUUGUAGAUUCUGGUGAUGGAGUAACACACAUUUGCCCUGUUUACGAAGAAUACGUGUUGCCACAUUUAACUCGAAGAUUGGAUAUUGCCGGUCGUGAUGUUACCAGAUACUUAAUUAAGGUAAUUAUUUAUAUAUCUAAUGUUUUGAUUUCUACCAAACUAUUGUGUUAAUUUAUUAUUUUAUUUUAUAGUUAUUACUAUUGAGAGGAUAUGCAUUCAAUCAUUCUGCUGAUUUUGAAACUGUUAGGAUGAUGAAAGAAAAAUUAUGUUAUGUUGCAUAUAACAUAGAGACUGAACAAAAGUUAGCUUUAGAAACUACUGUUUUAGUUCAGUCAUACACAGUAAGUGAUAUUUUUAUUUUAAUUACUUAUUUAAAAAUGAUAAUUAAAUUUUUUCAAUAUUCUAGUUACCGGAUGGACGAGUUAUUAAGGUAGGAGGCGAAAGAUUUGAAGCUUCUGAAGUGUUAUUUCAGCCUCAUUUAAUUAAUGUUGAAGGCCAAGGUUUGCAUAUUGAUUUCAUUAGUCUUAAAAAUUAAUUUUAUAAUAUAAUAGUAUAAUUUUUAAUUUAUUCAGAGUUUUACAAUUUUUUAACCAGAGAUCACUCACAUAUGUGUAUAUAAUGCGUGAUAUAAUUUCAUCAAAAAAUGAAUUCCAUUUUUUUUUUUUCCAAUUUGUAUUUAUUGCAUUAUAAACUAGACUGUAUGUUUUGAGGUCUUAUUCUUCCCCCCUCUUACAACAAAAAUAAUAUAAUUUUUACCAAAAUUUUAAGUUUUAAUUUAUAGCUGCUAAUUUAGCAUUAUAAAGUAUAAACAAAUGUACAGUAUAAGAGACCGGAUUUAUAUUCCACAAAAAGGCAUUUAAAAAUAUUUAAAAAAGUAAAAAUGAUAGAAGGAAUUUAAAGUUCCCCUUUAAUGGUUCUAAGUUAUUCAAUUAAAUUUCUUAACACUAUACAAAUGAUUAACACAAAAUGAUUUCUUUCAAAUAAAAUCAUAUGGAUUUUAUAAAAAAUAAAUUACUUUUUAUUAAUCAUUUUUAUGGUGUUGGAAAUAUGUAUUUAUAAAUUAAAUCCAUUGGAAGGGGAACUGUUAAACCUUACUAUUAUUUUUGCGUUUUCAUAUAUUUGAUAAUUGUUUUUUUUUUUUUUUUUAAAUAGAUUAUAAAGAAUAAUAAAGGAUAUAAAAUUAAAACUUCCAACCUGAUUAAAUUGUAUUUUUUAUCCUACAAUACAUAUUAUUAAAUAAGUUUAUUGCUAACAAUUCACAUGUUUUUCGAUUUCAAAAUGGAAGUAACUAUCAUGCAAUUUAAUCUUAUCCAAAAUUAUGGUGGGAUCAGUUUCAUAGAUAUAUAAACAAAGCAUCAGUAGACUGGGGAUUAUUUAUAAUUUAAUUGACAAUUCUAAAACUAAGUUAAAUGUUAGAUUUUUUCUAAGGGCUCAAGUUUUCCAGAGGUAAUGAAGGAUUCCGAUUGUAAUUUAUUAUUAAUUGUUUUUAAAUUAUAUUUUAAUAUUUUUGCGUUCUGUAGAAUGUAUGAUAACUUAGUUGUAUAAGUAAUAAAAUGAUUUUUAAUUGUUUUAUAUUAGUUACUAUUUCUUUAAAUCAAAUUCAUAAUUUAUUUACAAUUUUUGUUAUAUUUAAUUAUGUUAUUAUAUUACUGAUGCACAUGAUUUAAAUAUUAUUUAAUACAUAAACAAUAUUUUCAUUUUAGGUAUUGCUGAGUUAGUAUUCAAUACAAUUCAAACUGCUGAUAUUGAUAUGAGAACUGAAUUAUAUAAACACAUUGUACUCUCGGGUGGUUCAACUAUGUACCCUGGAUUGCCAUCAAGAUUAGAACGUGAAAUCAAACAGCUCUAUGUAGAACGAGUAUUGAAAAAUGAUACAACCACAUUAUCAGUAAAUAAUUAUAGCUAUAUAUUUUUGAAAUAGAUUUAUUUAAAGUUUUUUUUUUUUUUUUUUUAAUGAUUUUCAGAAACUAAAAAUACGAAUUGAAGAUCCUCCAUUGCGUAAAGACAUGGUAUUUAUUGGUGGAGCAGUUUUAGGAGAAGUAACAAAAGAUCGAGAAUCAUUUUGGUUAUCACGUGAAGAGUAUCUAGAAAGAGGAAUAUCUAUUUUGGAUAAGCUUGGACCUAGAGCUGGAUAAAUAAUUAGUCAGUAUUACCAUAUAACAUAUUGGCUAUAAUAUAUAAUAUAAAAUCAGUUAUUUAAAUUUAAAAAUUAUAUUUAUUACUUACUGUCUUAAAUAAAAAAAAAAUGCGCUUGUAUCUAAAAUUGACAUAAUUUUUACCAGAAAAUAAUAUUCUGUAGACAAUUAUACGGUUAGGAACGAAAAAUAAACAUUUUUAUAUAUUUAUCUUGUAAAAAUAUCUCCUCUCAAAUUAAAUUAUGUCUGAUUUUUAAUUAAAAUAAUAUAUUAAUGAUUUAUUAUUUUCUUAUAAUAUGAUAUUUUUUUUCACGUGAGCAUAUUAUAUGUUACUGUUAUAUUUUUAUUUUUAAAUUAUACUUAUAAUAAAAUCAUGCUGUAUAGCUUUUAAGAUAAUAUUAACCAAAAAUAUAGAAUUACUAUUUUACAAAAAUUUGUACUGUGUAAUUUAAUAUAGUUUGAUAUAAUUUGAUACAACCAGUACAUAAUUUUUGUCUGUAAUAAUACUGUAUUAUUCCUUUUUAAAUAUUUUUAUAUUAUUAUUAUUAUUUAUAUUUAUAUAUUUAUUAUGUUGAGCUCAUUGAUUAUAGUUCUAUAUAAACCUUUUGUAAACACAUUUAAUAUAAGUAGUAAGGUUCCAACCUUUUACUAAAGAUUAUAUUAUGCAGUAAAACCUCCUUAAAAUGAAAUACAACAGUUCUGCAUAACCUAUAUCCUGUAUAUUUUAGUAUAUUCUUUUAUAACAAAAAAAUUGGAUGGUAUCAAGCGGAUUCCCAUUUUAAGAAGGUUUUACUGCAAUAACCUAAAUAUACAAACUAUAAUCAAUGUUUUAAGUUAGACAUAUUUUAUUUUUAUCAAAUAUAUUAAUUUAGUGGGUUUAUUAAAUUUGUAAUUUCAUUUAUUUUAAUAAAAAUAAUUCAAUAAUAACAAAA